GCGAAUGGUUAUGUUGAAGACUCUAUAAAAGCCACUAUUUCCCCACGCGCGCUUAAAGUGUGUGUAUCAUCGAACACAAAUCUGAAGGCCGUUUGAAAAACAGAGCACGUCACUCUUCCAUCAGCUCUUCGCCUCUGCGGGGGUUUGCUUCUUUCCGUUGUUGAUUUGCCGAGCAUAGUUGCAGUUGAGGAAACUCCGGGGGAUUGACGAAGAAAGAGUUGCUCGCUCACCAUGGCUGGCUCUCAAAGAGCACGCGGUCUCGUCGUCUCGGCGGUUCUCUUGUUCGGCUGUCUAUUUGCAAUUUCUAUUGCGAAAGAGGAAGCCACCAAGCUAGGAACUGUCAUUGGGAUAGAUCUUGGAACAACCUACUCCUGUGUCGGUGUGUAUAAGAAUGGUCACGUUGAAAUUAUAGCCAAUGAUCAAGGAAACCGUAUUACUCCAUCGUGGGUUGGGUUCACUGAUGGUGAGAGAUUGAUCGGUGAGGCUGCAAAGAAUCAGGCAGCUGUGAACCCUGAAAGGACCAUCUUUGACGUCAAGAGGCUUAUCGGAAGAAAGUUUGAGGACAAAGAGGUCCAGAGGGACAUGAAGCUUGUCCCAUACAAGAUUGUGAACAAGGACGGGAAGCCUUAUAUCCAAGUGAAGAUCAAGGAUGGGGAGACCAAGGUCUUCAGUCCUGAAGAGAUCAGCGCUAUGAUUUUGGUUAAGAUGAAGGAAACAGCAGAGGCUUUCCUCGGAAAGAAAAUCAAGGAUGCCGUUGUCACUGUUCCCGCCUACUUCAAUGAUGCCCAGAGACAGGCUACCAAGGAUGCUGGUGUUAUCGCUGGGCUUAAUGUGGCUAGGAUCAUCAACGAGCCAACUGCUGCUGCCAUCGCCUAUGGUUUGGACAAGAAGGGUGGUGAGAAGAACAUCUUGGUCUUUGAUCUUGGUGGUGGUACCUUCGAUGUCAGUAUCUUGACCAUUGAUAACGGUGUGUUUGAGGUUCUUUCCACAAACGGUGACACCCAUUUGGGAGGUGAAGACUUCGAUCAUAGAAUCAUGGAUUACUUCAUCAAGUUGAUCAAGAAGAAGCACGGAAAGGACAUCAGCAAGGACAACAGAGCUCUCGGAAAGCUCAGGAGGGAAGCCGAGCGUGCCAAGAGAGCUCUCAGCAGCCAGCACCAAGUCCGUGUGGAAAUUGAAUCACUUUUUGAUGGUGUGGACUUCUCCGAACCACUCACCAGAGCUCGCUUUGAGGAAUUGAACAACGAUCUGUUCAGGAAGACCAUGGGACCAGUGAAGAAGGCCAUGGACGAUGCUGGCUUGGAGAAGAACCAGAUUGAUGAAAUCGUCCUUGUUGGUGGAAGUACCAGAAUCCCCAAAGUUCAACAGCUCCUCAAGGAUUACUUCAACGGUAAAGAGCCCAACAAGGGUGUCAACCCUGAUGAGGCUGUUGCCUAUGGUGCCGCCGUCCAGGGUGGAAUCCUUAGCGGAGAAGGUGGCGACGAAACCAAAGACAUCCUUCUUCUGGAUGUUGCACCCCUCACAUUGGGUAUUGAGACCGUGGGUGGAGUGAUGACCAAGUUGAUUCCGAGGAACACCGUUAUCCCCACCAAGAAGUCUCAGGUUUUCACUACAUACCAGGAUCAGCAGACCACCGUCUCCAUUCAGGUCUUUGAAGGUGAAAGGAGUCUCACCAAGGACUGUAGGCAGCUCGGUAAAUUCGAUCUCACCGGAAUCCCUCCAGCUCCCAGGGGCACCCCACAAAUCGAGGUGACAUUCGAGGUCGAUGCCAACGGUAUCCUGAACGUGAAGGCCGAAGACAAGGGCACCGGAAAGGCGGAAAAGAUCACGAUCACCAACGACAAGGGUCGCCUGAGCCAGGAAGAGAUCGACCGGAUGGUUCGCGAGGCCGAGGAGUUUGCCGAGGAGGACAAGAAGGUGAAGGAGAGAAUCGACGCCCGCAACAGCUUGGAGACAUACGUCUACAACAUGAAGAACCAGAUCAACGACGCCGACAAGCUUGCUGACAAGCUGGAAGGCGACGAGAAGGAGAAGAUCGAGGCCGCCACCAAGGAGGCCCUGGAGUGGUUGGACGACAACCAGACCGCCGAGAAGGAGGACUACGAAGAGAAACUGAAGGAAGUGGAGGCCGUCUGCAACCCGAUCAUCACCGCCGUGUACCAGCGGUCCGGUGGCGCCCCAGGUGGCGCAGGUGCUUCUGGAGAUGAGGAAGACGAGGAUUCGCACGAUGAGCUGUAAUUUCCUCAUUUUGGCUUCCUCUCUUUUUUUGGAGAUAAACGACGGCGUAGUCUACUGCUUGGGAGAACGGUGAAAAUGCUUGAUGUUUGAGGGCCGGAAGGAAAAAACAAUGUAGGAGUAGCGUGAGAGAGAGCUAGGGGAAGGAGAUAUGGAUUAUAGCGUGAGAGGAUUUUCUCCUUUUCCCCGGUCUCUCGUAGCCUGUUUUUCUUCACUUUUUCUUUGGUUCCGUCAAUACAUUCAAAGUGGUAAACAUAAUCCUUUUUUGUUUAGUUCAGUUGAAGCUAAUCGUAACGGAUUUUGGUAGUACCUUGAUUAAGUGUCUGUUUUUGUUUAAUUAUAUAGCCUGCUGUUUAGAUUAGUAGAAUGUUGCUCAUAAUGAGUAAUUUUAAUUUCCCUCCUGAAUCUUGUCUUUCCAUUCGGCCUGGAGCUGUCAAAAGACUGAUAGGAAGAGGUUCAGAAAUUGCGCAAAAGAGCAAAAGCUAAAGAAACUUCCAAAACCCGAGAGGAAUCGACAUGGAAGUCCAGCACCGGU